AAUGAUAUUUUUUAAUUUUCAUUUUCAGAUUCAGCCAUAGAGAAAUAACAACAAGUGUUUUUAUUUCUCUAUGGAUUCAGCUAUGGAAGUAAAAGCUGAAAUAAUUAAGGAUGAGUUCGUCGAGUAUGAUUCAAAAUAUAUCAAAAAUGAGUCAUCCACAUACUUUGACCAGGGAGAACUGAGGACUGAACCACAAGCUAUGGUAGUUAAAGCUGAAAUUAAAGCAGAGUUUGUUGAAGAUGAUUCAAAAUAUAUCAAAAGUCAGCCAUCCACAUCCCUUGACCAGGGAGACCUGAGGACUGAACCAGGAGGUAACUUAGUUAUGGCAGUAAAAGCUGAAAUUUUGGAAGAUGACCCAAUGUGUAUAGAGAGUCAGUUAUCUACAUCACUUGAUCUGGGAGUUCUGAAGAAUGAAGCAGAUGAGUAUAACUUAGGUUUUCUCGAAGAAGAGAAUACAUCAGAAACUAUGAAAAUAACACUUGGACAUUCAUGUAAUAAAGAACAACGUAAGGGGCGACCUGUUGAAGAAGAAACAUUAAAAUGUGAAAUUUGUUUUAAGCUGUUUACUCAUAGAAGUUCCUUGGAUGCACACAAAAUAUGGCACACUGGAGAAAAACCUUACAAGUGUGAAAUUUGUUUUAAGAAAUUUGGUGAAGCACAUCAUUUGAAAACUCAUUUAAGAACGCACACUGGUGAAAAACCAUACAAGUGCGAAAUUUGUUUCAAGCAAUUUAGUCAAGCAGGUAAUUUGAAAGGACAUUCGAGGGUUCACACUGGAGAAACACCUUACAAGUGUGAAAUUUGUUUUAAGCAGUUUUCUCAAAAACAUCAUUUGAACGAUCAUUUAAGAAUUCACACUGGAGAAACACCUUACAAGUGUGAAAUUUGUUUCAAGCAGUUUACUGCAGCAAGUUCUUUGAAAAGGCAUUUGAAAACACACACUGGAGAAAAACCUCACAAGUGUGAAAUUUGUUUUAAGCAAUUUAAUGUAGCACACCAUUUAAAAUGUCAUAUGGCAACGCACACUGGUGAAAAACCUUACAAGUGCAAAAUUUGUUUUAAGCAGUUUAGUGUAGCGCCCAAUUUGAAAACUCAUUUAAGAAGGCACGCUGGUGAAAAACCUUACAAGUGCGAUAUUUGUUUUAGGCAAUUUACUGUAGCAGGUACUUUGAAAAUACAUUCUAGAGUGCAUACUCAAGAGAAACCUUACAAGUGCGAAAUUUGUUUUAAGCAGUUUUCUACGAAAGGUCAUUUGAAUGAACAUUUGAGAUUCCACGCAGGAGAAAAACCUCACAAGUGCGAAAUAUGUUUUAAGCGGUUUUCUACAAAAAGCCAUUUGAAGGAACAUGUGAGAACACAUACAGGAGAAAAACCUUACAAGUGCAAAAUUUGUUUUAAGCAGUUUAGUUUAGCAUCCACUUUGAAAGCUCAUUUAAGAAGGCACGAUGGUGAAAAAUCUUACAAGUGCGAUAUUUGAUUGAAGCAGUUUUCUCAGAAAAUUCAUUUGAAUAGACAUUUGAGAUUGCACACUGGAGAAAAUACUUAAAAGUGCGAAAUUUGUUUUAAGCAAUUUAGUUUAGCACCGAAUUUGAAAUCUCAUUUAAGGGGGGGGACGGAUAUGGUUUGAAAUAUUUAAUUUUUUUUAGUAUUUCAAAUAAAAGUGCAUACAUACAUUCAAGAAUACUCUGAAAAUUUCAGAUUGAUCGGAAUAAAAUUACCAGAGAUACAAAGUGUUGAAUAUCCCAACCUUCGACUCGCUUUGCCGCGGCUUCGAGCCAGCACGCUUGAGCGUAGUGAGAAACGUUAAACAACUGUUCGUCUUCUCUUUUGUAGAUUACUCCGCGAUUCAAAAAACAUUCCAAUGUUCAUCACUUUACGAUUUGGCAGACAAAAAAUAAGAAGAUGAAGAUGCAGUUGUCAAAGCUUUAAACGCAUUUUUCUUAAAACUGCUUUUUCUAAUGAGAUGGACAUUGUAACUGAAAAACUACUUAACUUUAGUCAAGUACAAAAGACUAACUUUUUUAGGGAUUUGAAAACUUCUGUCUCGAAUCCAGAGAACCUUAUCGUAGCCAAUAUUCAUGGUACUAUAUUCUAUCCAUUGUAUAACAAAUAUUUAUACUUGUAAAUAGCACGGAAGAAACCAAAUUAGCAUUAGUUCCAAUUGGGCAGCUUUCAGAAGCUCAAGAAGCAAGAACCAAAGAUUGCGGCAGGUUCCGGGAGCACAACCCCAGAAAGUGUUCACGUAUUGACACGACUACAGGUUUACUUUCAAUGUUGAUAAUAACAUUAUGAUCUACUGAUCCAUAGCCUCAGAGUAAUUUUAAAAAAGAAGGCUGGUCAAUUGUAUACAGAUUGUAUACAAUUGAUUAUAACUCCUACACUAGAGUCUCGACUUCUGUCAAGUUUACUUCACAAUCACACGAAUAUUUAUUUAAUAUAUGUAUUUGUAUUUAUAAUGUAUUAAAUAUACAAAAACUUUUGUUUUUAAUUUUUUUACUGAUUCUCUAGACCAGGGGGUCGCCAAUUAUAUUCCCCGAGGGUCCGUUUCGAAAAGCUAUGACAUUUCCAGGGUCCGGAGUUAAUGCUACCUCCUUCUGAUUGUUGUGAUUCGGUUUCUUUGAGGAUUCUUGUUAAAACAUAUCCCCUAUAAACAAAUCGGACGGGUGCCGGGCAAAAUUUUUGAGCAGAAAUUGUUUAACAAUUUUUUUUUAACAAAUUCAAAAUAUGUAUCACCUUUUUGUCCCCGAAAAUAUGAUUUUAGCAUUUUUGGGUCAUCUUAAACAAAAAAGAUCUGUCAUUUUUCUCAAAGGUUGAUAUAUUUUAAGUUUUAAAUUUUAAUUUGUUUAAAACAUUGUUUCCUAUGUAAAAAAUGUACAACCUGUCUGAAGUUUGGAAUGAGUUUAGUGCAACUGAUUCUCAUUAAGGUGUUGAGAUAUUCAUCUGUUAGCUGAGAUCUGUACCGAUUUUUAAUAAAGUUCAGUCUUGAAAAAGCGGCUCCGUACAAUAAGUUAAGCCAAACAUAGUAUGUACACAAUUUCAUGGGCAAGCAUUUUCAAAAUUGCAAAACACUAUAUGCUGAAAUUAAUUGCUGUCCGCACAAAACUAGCCUAGGUCCGGAUGCGGACCGCGGUCCGCCAAUUGGUGACCCCCUGCUCUAGACUUCUUUGAUUCAGUUUUUACUAAUAAAAAUGGCUUAUUUUAUUAUUGUUUAUCAUCAUCAUCAUCAU